AUGGCGAAGAUCGCCAAAACACACGAAGAUAUCGAGGCCCAGAUCCUGGAGAUCCAGGGGAUGAAGGCCUCCCUGCAGGAGGAGAAUGGAGAGCAGGGAGUGGGCCUGGUGUCCACUGGCUUUUAUGACCAGGAGAUCUAUGGAGGCAGCGACAGCCGUUUUGCAGGAUAUGUCACCUCAAUCGCAGCAAACGAACAGGAGGAUGACGACGAAGACGACACGUCAACAAGCUUACUGGGACAAAAGAAGCCCAGCUUCCACGCACCGGUGGCGAUGCUUAAUUCAAUCCCCCAGUCAGAUGAGCAGUACGACCCCUUUGCAGAACACCGUCCACAGAAGAUCGCAGAUCGGGAGGAUGAAUACAAAGCCCGCCGCAGACAGAUGAUCAUCUCGCCUGAGCGUCUCGAUCCGUUUGCUGAUGGGGGUAAAACACCGGACCCUAAGAUGCAGGUCAGGUCGUACGUGGACGUGAUGAUGGAGCAGAACCUAUCCAAAGAGGAGAGGGAGAUCCGCCUGCAGCUGGCAGAGAAGGCCAAAUCAGGAGACCUGAAGGCGGUCAACGGCUCUGCUGCCUCCCAGGCCGCUGCCAAACGUAAGCGCCGCUGGGACCAGACGGCUGACCAAACCCCGUCCAACGCCACGCCCAAAAAACUGUCCAGCUGGGACCAGGCUGACGCCGGCGCUGAGACUCCAGGACACACACCGGCGCACACGCCCUCCAACAGCCGCUGGGAUGAAACUCCUGGUCGUCCUAAAGGCAGCGAGACCCCUGGGGCCACCCCCAGCACCCGCAUGUGGGACCCCACUCCCAGCCACACCCCCGCCGGCGCCGCCACCCCCGGCAGGGACACGCCCGGCCACGCCACGCCCGGCCACGGCGGCGCCACAGGAAGCGUCCGCAAGAACCGCUGGGAUGAGACCCCGAAGACGGAGAGGGAGACGCCCGGCCAUGGCAGCGGCUGGGCAGAGACCCCCCGAACAGACCGAGGGGAGGAGUCUGUGGGGGAGACCCCCACCCCAGGGGCCAGCAAGAGGAAGUCCCGGUGGGACGAGACGCCGGCCAGUCAGAUGGGAUCCUCCACUCCACUGCUGACCCCAGGAAAAACCCCGCUGGGAACACCGGCCAUGAACAUGGCCACGCCCACUCCUGGUCACCUGAUGAGCAUGACCCCAGAGCAGCUCCAGGCGUGGCGGUGGGAGCGGGAGAUCGAUGAGAGGAACCGACCGCUCACCGACGAGGAGCUGGACGCCAUGUUCCCCGAAGGCUAUAAGGUUCUACCUCCUCCAGCAGGAUACGUUCCGAUCCGAACCCCGGCCCGUAAGCUGUCGGCCACGCCCACACCCAUCGGGGGCAUGACGGGUUUCCACAUGCAGGUGGAGGACCGCACCACCAAGCAGAUGAACGACCAGCCCUCAGGGAACCUCCCCUUCCUCAAACCCGACGACAUUCAGUACUUCGACAAACUGCUGGUCGAGGUGGAUGAAUCGACUCUGAGCCCGGAGGAGCAGAAGGAGCGCAAGAUCAUGAAGCUGUUGCUGAAGAUCAAGAAUGGGACCCCCCCCAUGAGAAAGGCCGCUCUGCGCCAGAUUACAGAUAAAGCUCGGGAGUUUGGAGCGGGUCCGCUAUUCAACCAGAUCCUGCCGCUGCUUAUGUCCCCCACGCUGGAGGACCAGGAGCGCCACCUGCUGGUCAAGGUCAUCGACCGCAUCCUCUACAAACUGGACGACCUGGUCCGGCCGUACGUCCACAAGAUCCUGGUGGUGAUCGAGCCGCUGCUGAUCGAUGAAGAUUAUUACGCCAGAGUGGAAGGCAGGGAGAUCAUCUCCAACUUGGCCAAGGCUGCCGGCUUGGCCACCAUGAUCUCCACCAUGAGGCCGGACAUCGACAACAUGGACGAGUAUGUCAGAAACACCACCGCUCGAGCCUUCGCCGUGGUGGCCUCCGCCCUUGGCAUCCCCUCCCUCCUCCCCUUCCUCAAAGCCGUGUGUAAAAGCAAGAAGUCGUGGCAGGCGAGACACACCGGCAUCAAGAUCGUCCAGCAGAUCGCCAUCCUGAUGGGCUGCGCCAUCCUGCCUCACCUGCGCAGCCUGGUGGAGAUUAUAGAACACGGUCUGGUGGACGAGCAGCAGAAGGUGAGGACCAUCAGUGCCCUGGCCAUUGCCGCCCUGGCCGAAGCUGCUACGCCCUACGGCAUCGAGUCCUUCGACUCUGUGCUGAAGCCGCUGUGGAAAGGCAUCCGGCAGCACAGAGGAAAGGGUCUGGCUGCUUUCCUCAAAGCCAUCGGUUAUCUGAUCCCCCUGAUGGACGCCGAAUACGCCAACUACUACACCAGAGAGGUGAUGCUGAUCCUGAUCAGAGAGUUCCAGUCACCUGAUGAGGAGAUGAAGAAGAUCGUGCUGAAGGUGGUGAAGCAGUGCUGCGGCACUGACGGCGUGGAAGCAAACUACAUCAAAACGGAGAUCCUGCCCCCUUUCUUCAAGCACUUCUGGCAGCACAGGAUGGCUCUGGACAGACGCAACUACAGACAGCUGGUGGACACCACCGUGGAGCUGGCGAAUAAAGUGGGAGCAGCAGAGAUCAUCUCUCGCAUCGUCGAUGACUUGAAGGACGAAGCAGAGCAGUACAGGAAGAUGGUGAUGGAGACCAUCGAGAAGAUCAUGGGCAACCUGGGAGCCGCCGACAUCGACCACAAGCUGGAGGAGCAGCUGAUCGACGGCAUCCUGUACGCCUUCCAGGAGCAGACCACAGAGGACUCUGUGAUGCUGAACGGCUUCGGAACGGUGGUGAACGCUCUAGGGAAGCGCGUGAAACCGUACCUGCCUCAGAUCUGCGGUACGGUGCUGUGGCGUCUCAACAACAAGUCGGCCAAAGUCCGACAGCAGGCUGCGGAUCUCAUCUCCCGCACCGCCGUGGUGAUGAAGACCUGUCAGGAGGAGAAGCUAAUGGGUCAUCUGGGCGUUGUUCUAUACGAGUACCUGGGAGAGGAGUACCCUGAGGUGCUGGGCAGCAUCCUGGGAGCGCUGAAGGCCAUCGUUAACGUCAUAGGUAUGCACAAGAUGACUCCACCCAUCAAAGACCUGCUCCCUCGUCUGACGCCCAUCCUGAAGAACAGACAUGAGAAGGUGCAGGAGAACUGCAUCGACCUGGUGGGCAGGAUAGCCGACAGGGGGGCUGAAUACGUGUCGGCCAGAGAGUGGAUGAGGAUUUGUUUCGAGCUGCUGGAGCUGCUCAAAGCUCACAAAAAGGCCAUCCGUAGAGCCACGGUCAACACGUUCGGUUACAUCGCCAAAGCCAUCGGGCCUCAUGACGUGUUGGCCACCCUGCUGAACAACCUGAAGGUCCAGGAGCGUCAGAACCGAGUCUGCACGACCGUGGCCAUCGCCAUUGUGGCCGAGACCUGCUCGCCGUUCACGGUGCUGCCGGCGCUCAUGAACGAGUACAGAGUUCCUGAGCUGAACGUGCAGAACGGCGUCUUGAAGUCGCUCUCCUUCCUGUUCGAGUACAUCGGAGAAAUGGGCAAAGACUACAUCUACGCCGUCACUCCUCUGCUGGAGGACGCGCUGAUGGACAGGGAUCUGGUCCACAGACAGACGGCCAGCGCCGUGGUGCAGCACAUGUCUCUGGGCGUCUACGGCUUCGGCUGUGAGGACUCUCUCAACCAUUUACUGAACUACGUGUGGCCCAACGUUUUCGAGACGUCUCCCCACGUCAUCCAGGCAGUAAUGGGGGCCCUAGAGGGGCUGAGGGUGGCCCUCGGGCCCUGCCGCAUGCUGCAGUACUGCUUACAGGGUCUGUUCCAUCCUGCCCGCAAGGUGAGGGACGUCUACUGGAAGAUUUAUAACUCCAUCUACAUCGGCUCCCAGGACGCGCUGAUCGCUCACUACCCGCAGGUCUACAACGACGAGAAAAACGUCUACGUGCGCUACGAGCUGGAGUACGCUUUGUAAAUAUCCUCCCCUCUUCGCCGCCCGCAAUUCCGUUUUUAUUUAGUGGCUUCAUGUUGCUUACAUUCAGUUUCCUCUGUUUGAGUGAAAAAUGGGAACGGAAAGGAAGGAACCUUGUAGAGUCUGUAUGUAUUUUUUACUUUUACUUCGUGUUUCCUGUGAGAAGCAGUUGAGGUCAGAAGAUGAUCUUGGAAAAUAGACGUCAUCAGCACAUUUUAAGAUCCUGAUUGUUUUUGUCUUUGAAUUGGUUAUGAUAGAUCUGUAGAAUCAGAAACGCUUCAUUCUUCACCUCCUCUGUUCUUAGAUCAAGGCUUUAUUUAACCAAAUAAAAGGUUUGUGUACAAAAUCCUG